AUUUUGGCAUGAUGAAUGACAGCUGAGCCAGCAGCAGCGUGUGGUGCCGUGCUCGUGCGAUGGACUGGGAGCUUCCCUUUGAAGAGGAGACAGCAUCAGAAACCACCACAGUACUGCGAAGAGAUGCGCGGCUUGAGCAAAGUGCUCGGAGACGCUUGGAGGGGCUGCGAGUGGUGCUGGAGGACUUGUGCGACCCGGGCAACCGGGCAGCCAUCCUUCGAAGCGUUGAGGCCUUCGGCCUCCUCCAUGUCCACGAGGUGUGCCACGACGUGGCCACCGGCCGCCGCCCGGCGCAGACGAGCACGGCCAGGGGCCGCAGUAUAGUCAAUGGCGCGGAGAAAUGGCUCAAUCUCCACCAGCACGAGGGUGUGGAGGAAUGCAUCAAGAGCCUACAGGCUGCCGGCUUCGGCGUUUGGGCGGCAGUGCCUCCGCAGCAAGCAGGGGGCCGCAGAUUGAUGCCCUUGGACGAGCUUUGCUUCGGCGGCAAAACAGCGCUGCUCUUCGGGUCAGAGGCGCGCGGGGUCUCUACCAAAGCUGUGGAGUCCUGUGAUGGCUGCUUCACCGUUCCUCUCUUUGGACUCAGCGAGAGUCUCAACGUCUCCGUGUGCGUGGCGGUCUCGGUGCACUUGGCCGCCCUGAAGCGCCGCAAGGCCUUGGACCUGCCAAAGGACAUGGGCGACAUGGAGGAGCUCCAGGCGGACGGCGCCGCGUGGCGGCCAGCGUGUCCAAGGGAAGCUGAGCGAGUUCGUCCCGACUUCGGGGGGAACGUUCCGAUGUGCACACGAGUUCGCUGGCGGAUAAGCUCGGUGUUUUCCGAUUCUGGGGGGGAAGUGGUGUCACUGGGGUGUCACAAGAAAAAGGCAGAUCAUGACUCCGCAGCGCACAGAUGGGUACUUGUUACAUCCACAGACAGGGCACUGGGUACUUGUCUCUCGUCCCAGUAAGAUGAGUUUGCUUGUUAACCUUUUGGUUUUGAUUGGUAUACAGACUCAGCCACGAUGGGCACUAGCCAAGAACGAUUGCAAAUUGUAAUCGUGACUGUUUAUAUCUUUUUAGGACUUCCUGGGAAGCGUUAAUAGAAUGACCAAAUAUGACAGAAUAGUAAAAAGACCUAAAAAGGAUGUAAUCCACCCUACUCUCAGGUGGAGGAGCUCUUGCGCAGCUAUGCUGAUCGCUCCCUGGAUCAUCGCUUCACUGCAAACCUGCGGUCCCAGCGCUCUGUGCGGUCCCAGCGCUCCGUCAUCCCAGGACCUUGUUUCAACGAUGAAAAGAA